AUGGCGAUAGUUGAACCACCGCCUCACUUACCCUCACCUGGCGGCAAUGUUUCUGCUUCGCUGCCGACGGAGGACUCGCUCCUUGGAAGUCACAGUAGCACCAACAGCAGCGGGAAGGGACUGGACCCAAUCGCGUCGGCUCUAGUGAAUCCGUUGUCAUCUGGGCAGUCCAAGUUUAUGCAAUCAGCGCAAGGACGAGAAUUCUAUCUCGGAACAUCUUCAAACUGGUCCUUCACCCGACGCGUCCUCAGUCUCACUCACGAAUACAUCCACCAAAGCCCUAUCUCAGUGGAUAACCUACUCUUCGAUGGCUUAGCAUACGAUCUUGGCUGGGACGGCUCUCGAAUUACUCCAGCGCUAGAUCCGCCAGUUAUGCCAAGUCUCGACCAUGCGGUCUUUCUAAUCAACACAGUCAAGUUUCACUGCGGCCAGCUAUUUCACUUAUUCGACGAGGAGACGUUCAUGGCAUAUCUGCACGAAUUCUACGCCGAUCCGAGCCGUCAUAUUGCAGCAGCGGACCUUCCUUACAUCCAUCUUCUUCUCAUCCUCGCCUUUGGUAAAGCUUUCGCCGAGAACAGCAACUACCAAGCAAAGAGACCCCCUGGAGCCGACUACUUCGUCACGGCCAUCCGACUUCUACCAAGCAUUCAUAUCCUUGUUUAUCAGCCACUAAUAUCGACAGAGAUCUUAUGUUGUAUAGCUCUAUACUUUGAGUCUCUCGACUACAGACACUCAUCACAUGGAUUUAUUGGACAAGCGAUGAGAGUUGCACUCGGGCAAGGAAUGCAUACCGACAUGCCUGUAGAUCAAUUGGGCGAUCGGAUUGUUGAACGAAGUCGAAGGAUAUGGUGGACCGUCUACGUGUUAGACCGCGAGAUGACAUCUCUGAUGGGCCUACCGCAGUCCAUUCACGACGACGACAUUCAUCACCAGCUUCCGCACUUUGAUGGGUCAACACAACGAGUAGCGGCGCUUCAUAUGCAGAUUCGACUUUGCCGGACAAUUGCAUCAGUUGGAAGAGGCGUAUACGGAGCCAAUGGUCGGCUGAACAAGAAGUUCCUCCUCAGCACUAAAAAGGUUCUCGAGAACAUUGCCGGACUUGCAGACGAGCUCCAACAGCAAUUCCCUCUUGGUGCAGAUAAAGCGGUAAACGGCGUUUCGAGGGUUGCAGGAUACCUCCACACUCUUUAUCAUCAGUGUAUCGUCCUCGCAACGAGACCUCUACUACUCUGCUUCCUCAAAAUCCGCUUCGAAACCCCCGAUGCUAUAACAGAAGCCCUCAACUCAUCCCAAACUGUCUGGAACCUGAUCAAGAUGUGUAUCGACUCCUCCUACCAGAUGAUCAACAUUCUUGGCUGUUUGCAAAGUCAAGGUCUGCUUGAAGCAUUUCUUCCCUUCGAUCUUGAGUCGCUAUUCGUAUCGAGCUUUAACCUCCUCAUCGCGCCCGUUCUUGAUUCCCGAUUUUCAGAAUACGAUGCUACGUUCCGACACAAGACGCAUAUCAUAUUCAAUGAGAUGAUAAGUAAGGGCAAUCUCAUCGCCAUGUUCAGAAGGUCGGAGUUGCAGCAGCUUGAUGAUAUGUUGGGUCGAUUACCACGUGAGCAAUCUGAAACAACACCGAUUCCGAUCGAUGGACAGAUUAUUGGAGGAACGAUUGGUGAGGGCGAAGGAGAGCUCAAUGACCUGGAUGAUGAUAAUGAGACUAUGGCUUCGAUGUUGCCUGGUAUGGAUGAUUUGGGAAUGGAUGCGUGGUUCACGACUGCGCAGAUGAUUGACAUGGCGAAUUCGAUCGCGAACAGCGACACUGAGUUCUUAUCACAUACAAUGGUGGAGCACGAUAUUUGGUGA